AUGCUGGUCGAUUUAAAUGUGCCAUGGCCACAGAACAGCUAUGCGGACAAAGUGACUCCACAGGCAAUCAAUAAUUUAACAAAGACAUUAACCACAUUGCAUACAUUGGGAUAUACGCACAUCGCCAUAAAUUUUACAGUAAAUCACAGUGAGAAGUUCCCCAAUGAUGCCAAGAUGCUAAACCCCAUUGACAUAAAGACACGGUUUGGGGAAUUGAUGGCUCAAACGGGUCUAAAACUGUAUAGCAGAAUCACUCUAAUCAUCGACGACCCAUCAAAGGGCCAGUCUCUCUCCAAGAUAAGCCAAGCCUUUGAUAUUGUAGCGGCCUUACCGAUCAGUGAGAAGGGUCUUACUCUCUCAACGACCAACUUGGAUAUUGACCUACUGACCUUUCAGUACGGUUCGCGUCUACCCACGUUCCUCAAACACAAAAGCAUAUGUAGUUGUGUGAACCGAGGUGUAAAACUGGAGAUCGUUUACGGGUACGCACUGCGUGACGUACAGGCUCGGAGACAGUUUGUCUCUAAUGUGAGAAGCGUCAUCAGGAGCUCGAGGUUCAGAGGCAUUGUCAUCGGCAGUGGUGCCAUGUCGCCAUUAGAGUGUCGUAACAUAUUGGGAGUAACGAGCUUAAUCAAGAACCUGGGUCUUCCGAGCGACAAGUGCUCUAAGGCCAUGGGCGACCUGGCCUCACUGGUUCUACUGAAUGGGCGCUUAAGGAACAAGAGUCACAAGCAGACCAUCGUUGCUGGUGGUGGUGAUGAAGACGACAAUGACGUGGUCAACGACGUGCAAGGCAUCGACGACACGCGGACCAUCAAAGUCGUCAAAAGAACUAUGGACCCUGAGCAGCUGGGCCACGCCGCCAAGAGGCGCAAGCCAUGA